AGGCGGGAGGCUGUGCGCGUGUGGAGUGGCUGCGCGGCCGGGAAGAUGUGCUCCGCGGGGCAGCCGCCGCAGUGAGCUCAGCGACAGGAGCCAGGAGCGCGGCUGGCAGCAGCGGCAGGGCCUGGGCGGCGAACCUGGCGCUCCUGCACGGGGGAGGCCGCCGGCACCGAGGGCGCUCGGCCGGCCCCAGGAUGUAGGCGACCGUGGCUCCUGCUGGCGGACCGCUCACCAUGAAGAAGCACUCGGCCCGGGUGGCUCCGCUCAGCGCCUGCAACAGUCCGGUCCUGACCCUCACCAAAGUGGAAGGGGAGGAGCGCCCCCGGGACGGCCCGGGCCCCACGGAGGCCGCGGCGGGGGCGGAGGCCGGGCGGGCGAGCCGCCGCGGCUGCAGGGGCUCGGGGCCGCGGCUCCGCAAGCUGGCCUGGGGCCUGGCGGUGGUGCUGUGCGUGUGCGCCUCCUGGGCCGGCUCCACGCAGCUCGCCAAGCUGACCUUCCGCACGUUCGACGCGCCCUUCACCCUGACCUGGUUCGCCACCACCUGGAACUGCUUGUUCUUCCUGCUGUACUAUGCGGGCCACGCGUGCAAGGCCGAGGAGAGGCAGUCGGUGUGGCAGCGGUACAGGUAGGCCUCCCGGCGGUUCCCCGGGCUGCGC